UAUACACUGCACGAGACAGUUGCUCCAGGUUGAGCGAGCUGUGGUGUUGUCAGUUUGCAGACAAGAGAAACAGCGAGUAGUCUCUGUCAGAGUCCGCUUCAGACAUGAAGGAUUGUUUAUGAGGAUGCGUUCAACUGUAAAGCUGCAUUCUCUGCGCACUCAAACCCGAAAGUAAGCAAGAAAAAAAAAAAAAAAAAAUAUCAUGAUCAUCAUCACAAAAGAAAGCUCAAGCUGGGUGCUCAACAAGAGGCCCGAUCAGAGGUCUGGAUCAUCACCGUGGAUGUGAACUGAGUGUGAGCAGAGGGGAAGUCAGCGCCGCGCAGAGCUGCAGUGAAAAAGAAGUGAAGAAGGAAAUUAGGCAGAGUCCUCUCUCUGUGUGUUGUGUGUGUGUGUGUGUGUGUGCGUGUGUGUGUGUCCAUAAGCGGUGCUCGGAGUGGGGGAUGUCGGGUAGAAGUGGAGGAGCGCCCCGGGGGUGCAGCAACCCCAGCCUGCAGCCCCUCAGAGCCACGAUCCCGUACCAGCUCCAGAGGGGCUCAGCUCUCCUCUGCAGGGAGGUCAAGACGGCUGACAGGACCACGGGUCGCCCGCCGAAACCCACCAUCCGCCGAACCCUGUCUUUGGACGCCAUCGUCGGACCCUAUCUGCAGGGACAGUGGCCCAAAGAGGCAGAGAGCACGGCGGUCACCUGUGUCAAUGACAAAGCAACGCAGACUCCAAGUUCCUGGUCAGAGGACACCCGAGGAAGGAGAAGCGCCGGCGGACACAAGCGCUCGGCAUCAUGGGGCAGUGCAGAGCACCUAAGGGAGGUGGCCAAGCUGAGGAACCAGCUGCAGAAGCGCUCCCGCCAUGCUCCUCCCCCAGCGGGGUACGAGCUGCCCCACCACCCGCUGCCAGCAGGUCAUGCAGCAGUCAUCACUCAGACGCUGCCUCUGAACAGACUGAACCCCCGGCUGCGACGCAGUGUUGAAGGCCUCAACUUAGAGCUGGAGGAGGUGUUUGUUUCCGAGAAACCUGACGAUCAGCAUGAGAUUUUGGAUAUCCCAGACGGCCACAGGGCCCCUGUCCCUGUCCAGCGAUGCAGCAGUGGCUCUCAGAGUGAGUCCUCCCCCGGCCCCUUGGAUCUGGAUCCUUCCCUCCUCUCUCCUUCUCAGUCCCCCUGUCCUCUAGAUCCAUCGCUUCUGUCUCCAUCAAAUUCCCCUUCUCCAUUGAACCCAUCUCUUUUGUCUCCGUCACAGUCUCCCUGUCCCAUGGGCGAGCCAGAGCCGGUGGACUGUGAGACGGCGUGUCCGGCUCCAUCGACGUCCCUCCCUUCAUUUGCUUUGGAUCCUCCUCUGUUGCAGCCCUGCUCCUCCGCUACUCGUCCCAACAAAACCUACUCCUUCCAGCGCGAGCCGCCAGAAGGCUGCGAGCGAGUACGAGUGUGCGAGGACGGAAUAUCUGCCGGUCAGGAUGAGCCUGUCCUCCAGCCUUCCUGCCCUGACCCCAAUAAAGUCAACUUCACCCCCCAUGGAGGCUCCGCUUUCUGCCCCGUCAGCCUUCUGAAGCCCCUGCUGCCCUCCAUGGACCUCCUCUUCCGCGGCCUGUCAGUCUCUCCGGUCACCGGCUGCCCAGGUCAGGCCUCUCCCACCAGGCACCUGGGCAUGCAGUAGGUGGAUGUCUGAGCAGGGCCUAAUCUCAGGACACAACCACACUGAACUGCCAGAACCUACAGAAACUGGAUAUGUUUCAUAUGCCUUCAGAUACAUGUGGUCACAUGGCUCAUCACUGCUGCAUUGUGCCAUAAUCACUGUGAUAAAAACAAGAGACUUUGUGACUCAUACUUUAGAUUAAUUUUGGCCUAAAAUCUGGCUGCUUUACUGAUUAUUUCCACUGCCAGGAAACCAUUUAGCUGAUAUUUACAUCAUCAGCACUUAGUAUGCUUCCAUAUGGAAUAUGGAUUAAAAACAGGACUGAAGUCCUGGAAAUGUUGGCAAAUGCUGGAAAGGUUUUACAGCUGAAUGCAUUUUUGAUUUUGUUCUUUUUUAUAAAACUGAAUUUUGUUUUAGUCGUGCGUCAGUGGCUCAAACAAAGACUAAAGCCUACUAGGGAUGUUUUCAUUUUUAAUAUCCAAAUAAGUGAACUCAGAGUCAAAAAUCCAAGCACUUACAACACAUGAGUAUUACUUUCUUACUACCUACUACGACUGUUCUGAUGAAAUUUCAGUUUAAUUUGAGAAGUUAAGGUGUUUGUUCCUUAUAUUUCUGAAUAUGUGUUUGUUGGAAAGAAAUAUUUUUGGCCCAAGGUUUAAUGAUGGCCUACUUUUUUACAGAUGUAUUUCAAGGAAGAUAUAUAUUUUCUGUAUCUGUAACCAGGAAUGGAUGUUUUAAUAGCUUUACUUGCCCACAGCAGGCAUUGUUCUAACCAAAUUGUUGCAAUUUUGUCAACUUUUUAAGAAUUUCAGUGGGCAAAGCGGAGUUCUUGGUCCAAUCUGAACCUCUUGCCCCAUGAGGUUCUGGCCAGAAAGCCUCAAUAUUAACUCGGGAUACAGAAGAGGUUGAUUCCCUCUCCUUGAAUUAAAUUGAUGAAACACUGUCUUUGUCAGCAUGAUCAUAUGCAACACUGAAUAAUAAAAAAAACCAAAAAACCUACA